GACUUAGCUUUGUGUAAUAGAAUGCAGACGCCAUUUUCGGCAAAAGUAUUUGUAAACACAACGAAAUAUUUAUUUACAUCCUGCUUUAUUGUAUCCGAAUAACAAGAAUACAUUUCCCUUUGGUGUAAUAAAUUAGAAAGCCUGGUCCCAUUUAAGACAGUUUAGAAAUGGUUUAGUUUAAGUUAUGUAAGCUUAACUGACACUGUUGAAGGUCCAAAGAUGGAAUCUGAUGAAAAGGAUAAAAAAGUUGAAGAAAAAGUUGGAGAGAAGGCCGAGGAGAAGAGCGAUAAAUCUGAUGUUCCACCAAAGAAAAAGGUUGAAGAGAAGAGAAAAGAUAGCUCUAGAGGUCGUGGAGAUCAAGUAAGAGGUGGAGGAGAUGGUCCAUCAUCUGGCUAUAAAAAGGACAGUUAUGACAGAGAUAAAAAAGACAAAGACAGAAAAGAUGGUGGCUAUGACAGGAAUGAUAGAGAUAAGAGUGAAAGAUAUAAGAGUGAUAGAGAAAGAAAAGAUAGUGGGUAUAAUAGAAGAGAUCGGGAUAGGAGAGAUAAAGAUAGAAAAGACAGUGGUUAUGAUCGAGAUAGAAGAGAUAGAGAUAGAAAAGAUAGCGGCUAUGAUCGAGAUAAAAGUGAUAAAGAUAGAAGAGAUAGAGAUAGGAAAGAUAGUGGCUAUGAUCGAGAUAAAAGUGAUAAAGAUAGAAGAGAUAGGAAAGACAGUGGCUAUGAUCGAGAUAGGAAAGAAAGUAGUUAUGGAAGGAGGGGAAAAUUGGACAGUGACAGGAAAGAACCAGAAAAGAAAUCUAUUUCUUCCAGUUCUUCCAGUUCCCAUAGUUACAGUAAAUCUCGGGAAAUGAAGCAACAACCGGCUCCACCACCGAAACUUACUGAAGAAGAGAAAAAAGCCCUAAAGGAGGCAGAAGAGAAGAAGAAACAAGAAGAGGAAGAAAGAAAAUUAGAAGAAGCAAAACAAAAAGAAGAAGAAGAGCGAUUGAAAAAAGAAGAAGAAGAAAAGAGAAAGGCUGAAGAAGAAGCACAGAGAUUAAAAGAGGAACAGGACAACUUAAAUGAGUUUAUUGAAGAAACUGGAGCCAGAUUAGAGUUUAAAGAUUCACUGAAAGAAAAUAAUGUGAAAGCAGCUGAGAAUCGUCCCGAAGAAUCAUUUUUCAGUAAACUAGAUUCUAGUCUUAAGAAAAAUACAGCGUUUGUGAAAAAAUUACGUAACCUGGUUGAUUCACAGAAAGAUGCUCUGAUUAAAGAUUUUAAUGGUUUAAAUUUAUCUAAGUAUAUAGGAGAAUGUGCAUCUGCUUUAGCAGAUACGAAGCUAAAGAUGUCUGAUGUCAACUGUGCUGUACAUCUCAGUAGUCUGAUACAUCAAAGAUAUGCUGAUUUCUCUACGAUGUUGAAAGAUAAUUUUCAGAAAGUAUUGUUGAAUAAGAAGGAUGAAAAGAUUAGCAAUGCAAGUAAAUAUCGAGUAGAUCUAAGAUUAUUUGCGGAGUUAUUAUCAGUAGAAGUUAUAUCUUUUAAAGAAGGUUUACCUAUAUUAGCUAAUCAACUAUCAUAUUUAAUUAUCAAUGAUAAAGAGGAACAUAAUCACCUAUCUAUUAUAUCUAGUUUCUGUAAACACUGUGGAGAUGACUAUGCUGGUCUUAUUCCUCGGAAAUAUCGGUUGUUGGCUGAGAAAUAUGGGAAAGAAAUCCCCAGGAGUAGAAUGUUACCACCUAAACGUCAGGGUCCAUGUAGAAAUCUACUGAAAGAUUAUUAUACAUCAUUAUGUAAUCAUUUAACAAAAGAUCACAAGAAAUUAAAAACCAUGGAAAAACAGAACAGAAGAAUGUUAAUUACUAAAGGUGAAGUCAGUACAGAAAGAAGGGAAGUCUAUGAAGCAGCUCAUGGGGCAUAUCAAAAACUGUAUGCAGCAACAGCUACAUUUGUUGAUUUAUUAGAUGAAGAUAUGCCAGAUUUACCUGAUGAGGAAAUAAAAUUAGACGGAGACGAGAGUUUCUUUGAUAUUUUUAGUGCUACAGGAGGAGAGUUUCAGUUGGAAGGUGAUAUAACUUUAUUUGAAGAUGAAGAUACCAGAACAUUUUACGAAACUUUACCAGAUUUAAAAGCUUUUAUACCAGGGAUUUUAUAUAAAGACAGUGAAAAUUCACAGGCAGCUGAAACAAAUGUGAAAGAUAUAGAUUCUACUUUAGAACUAGAGAUAGAUGUAGAAGAUCUAGAGAAGGAGAUUGAAUCAGAGAUAUCAGUUGAAGAAGCUCUAGAUACUGAUGGUAAAGAAACAGAGGAUGGAACAUUUCUACCUCCUGAAGCGGAAGAUGGUGAUACUGAGACUGGUAGUUUAAUGAAGAGUCAGUUUGAGACAUUUUUACAAUCAUUACCUAAUUGUGUUAAUAGAGACCACAUAGAUAAGGCAGCCAUAGAAUUUUGUAUGAAUUUUAAUACCAAAUUUAAUCGAAAGAAAUUAGUUCGAGCAUUAUUCACAGUUCAUCGAACAAGAUAUGAUUUACUACCAUUCUAUUCCCGACUAGUAGCUAUAUUAAAUCCUUGUAUGCCAGAUCUAGCUACAGAACUUGUACAGUAUUUAAAAGGAGAUUUUAAAUGGCAUGUUUGUAAAAAAGAUCAGAUUAAUAUUGAAUCAAAGUUAAAGACAGUUAGAUUUAUAGGUGAAAUGGUGAAAUUUAAAAUGUGUCCAAAAGUAGAAGCCCUCCAUUGUAUGAAAAAAUUGAUGUUUGAUUUCCGUCAUCAUAAUAUAGAGAUGGCAUGUUCUUUAUUAGAGGCCUGUGGUAGAUUUUUAUAUAGAUCGCCUGAUUCUCAUCAUAGAACACGAGUUUAUCUGGAUGUAAUGAUGCGUAAGAAGUCAGCGUUACAUCUGGAUCCUAGAUAUAUUACUAUGAUAGAGAAUGCUUACUUCUAUAGUAAUCCUCCUGAAGCUCAACAGAUUGUACGAGUAGAAAGACCACCCAUUCAUCAAUAUAUCAGAAAAUUACUUUAUAAAGAUCUCACUAAAAUAACCACAGAAAAAGUAUUAAGACAGAUUAGGAAAUUAGAUUGGGAUGAUCCAGAUAUAGCAUUCUAUGCUACAAAAUGUCUAACUGGUGUAUGGAAUACUAGAUAUAAUUCUAUACAUUGUAUGGCUAAUCUUAUAGCUGGUCUAGCACCAUAUCAUGAACAUGUAGCUAUACAAGUAGUAGAUGGGGUUUUAGAAGAUAUUAGGUUAGGUAUGGAGAUAAAUCAUCCACGAUAUAAUCAGAGACGAGUAAGCAGUGUUAAAUAUCUUGGUGAAUUAUAUAAUUAUAGAAUGGUUGAAUCAGGUGUUAUAUUUAAAACACUUUAUACAUUUAUUACAUUUGGUGUCUCCAUGAAUGAGAAAGAUAUAUCUACAUUAGAUGCACCAGAUCAUCUGUUUCGUAUAAGAUUAACAUGUGUUCUACUAGAGACGUGUGGUCAAUAUUUUGACAAGGGAUCAAGUAAAAAGAAGUUAGAUUGUUUUCUUAUCUAUUUCCUUAGAUAUUACUGGUAUAAAAGAAGUCAGUCUAUAUGGACAAGUGAUCAUCCAUUUCCAAUAGAUAUAGGUAAUCUAGUACAUGACACAAUGGAUGCUAUACGACCAAAGUUAAAACAACCAAAGAAUCAGGAAGAAGCAUUUAAAGCUGCUGAGGAGUUGGAUAAUGAAUAUAAAUCAAAGAUAUCAUCUCUGUUAAUUGUUGAAACUGGUGACGAAGAUGACGAGAAUAUAGAAGAUGAUGAGGAUGGGUUAGCUACGAUUAAUGAAGCUGAUGAAGCAGUUGAUGAAUUAAGUGAAGAUCUAUCUCAAGUUUAUGUUGAUGAAGUGGCUACAGGCGAAAGUGAACCAAGUCAGGAUGAUAGAAGUCAAAGUCAACAAGAUGCCUGUACUUCUAGCCAAAAUAUAGAGGAAUGUAGUGAUAGUCAGGGAGAUGAUAUAAUGGAGUCAGCAGGAGAGGAAGCAGAUGAUGAGGUUACUUUGAUAAGUGGUGGUCCUAAAUAUGUACAGUGUCAAGAAGAUGAAGAUUUUCUAUCAGCUUUUGAUAAAAUGAUGUCUGAAAAUUUAAAGUCAAGAACACGAGAAGCUGUUAAAGUGCCUCAGAUGGAUAUUAUUGUUCCCAUGUAUCUAAAAGAUAAACGUAAAAAAACAGGUAAUCCGAAUCCAAAUCUAUUUGCGGAUCCCCCACCAGAUGAUAUUGUAGAAGAGGAGGAAAACACAAAAUCAUUAAACUUUCUGUUGAUGACAAGAAAAGGGAACAAACAGCAGUUUACCAACCUUAAAGUGCCAGCUUCAGCAGACUUUGUUUCAAAGUUCAGAGAAAGAGAAAAGGAAGCAUUAGAAGAAAAAGAAGAAAUGAAACAAGUUGUGUUAGGUAUACAUGAACGACAGGAAGAAGAAGAUUGGCAAGAUAUGAUUGCCACUAUGAAUAAGAAUGUUACAGGGAAUGUUAAUCGUGAACGUAAAGUACGUUACAAUCAUCCUAAAGGUGCCCCUGACGCCGAUCUUAUCUUUGGUUCCAAGUGAGACAACUGAUAAUUCAUCUUUAGUUGUGCAGAAAACGCUGAAUCUGAAAUAAGAGGAAAUACGAAAAAGAUAUGGUUGUAUCUAAAAAGACAAGCAGAUGAUGCUGUCUGGACCAAAUCCACUGAUCAAUCAACUGGUGAGAUCGCAAGAUCUUUUAUUGGUGGUUGUAAGCAAACACAGACUGGAAAACAAGGACUAUAUGUUCUGUACCGCUAUGUCUUGUGGAAAAGAAAAACUAUAAGAAUGAUUGAUUUAUUAAUAUUCAUAAUUUAGUUCCUGUGUGUUACUUUUACUCAAAAUCAAUUUUCUGGUUGGAAGACGAGAGAGGGGCUGAGAGUAAAUCAUUUAAUGAAAUCAAAUUCUGUUUUUGCAAGAAAAGAUAAAUUCAGCAGUAAGCUAUCUGGGAUAAACUUAAGAUAAUUAUUUAAUAUACAUUGCUAGAUAACUACACAACAGACCACAGACAGAAAAAAUCAAUACAGGAAACAGUACAAUUAGACACCCGUCUUCAUUAGCCCGGAAGGAACAGAAUAGAAGGACGUUUAACCCCAUUUCAUUUCACAGUUAGAAUCAAAAUUAUCAGCGAUGAUAAAAUAUCAUGGAAAAAGGAACUGAAACAUCUGUGGUCCUGCCUUCACUUCCUAAAAUAUUAUAAUUGAUUUUUGGAUAAAAUCCAGGAAGAAUAAUGUGAUACAGCAUAACGGUUUUUACCAAGCAUAUAUUAUGUAUGGAAAUAAAUGGGAUAUCAAGCAUCACUUAUUAUGUAUGUGUAGUUCAUUGUAAAACUAUAAAAAAUGUUGGGAUUUAUUAGGUGUAAAUCAAAUAAAAUCAAAUUAUUUUCUGAAAAGAAGAAUGAAAUUUCUGUUAAGUUUGUUUUUUUGAGAAUCUCAUUGUUGGUGUUGAAAAUCAUAAAGCCAGUCAUAUUGCAGUGUUAUUAUCAAAAAUAGUCACGUGUACUCUUAACAGUAUGUAGGACGAGAGAUAAAAUUAAAACUGUGUAUAUUUCAUUUGUUUUAUCUGUACUGGUACCAACAGCAAGGUUCUUAUCUUUUAUUGUGUAUUGCGAUUUUAUUAGAAAAAAUGUUAUUAUUUUGAUUGUUUUUUUUUUUUCAUUAAUAUUUUCUAAAGACAAAAACUGACACCAAGGCCAUGAAUUUUUUUUAUGCCUUCAUUGCAAGGAUGUCUUGCACGUGUUUAAAGUGGUUCAGGCAUCAGAAGAACACUCAUGUCUGAUCUUGAAUAAAUAUGGAAUUGCAAUUAACAUCAAUAUUUCCUGUCAGGACCAUGCAGAAUAUACAUUGAUUCUAUGGUAUUACAUUAUAUUUAGAAUUUUCAAAAGAGAUAAAUUUCAUUUCAUGAUCUUAGGGUCUCAUCUGACGAAAGGGGAAGGAAAUCUACUAAACUCUGCAUCAUUUCUGGUGAAGUUUUAUUGAUCCAUUCAAGCCUGGACAUAAGGCACCUGUGUCUAUGACAGGUACCUUAUGUCCAGGCUUUAUUACAUUAUCUCUUAAGAUCUCUAAUCAGUUAAUUUAUACGAGAUACUGCAACAGUAUUGCCAGUAUUUGUUUAUAUUAAGCAGCAUUCUGAUUUUAUGACUGAUGUUUUCAGCCUGGUAUUUGGUUAUAAUUAUUUAUAAUAUAAAGCCUUAAAAUGAACAUAUACAGACCUAUGUCCUAGAAAUUCUGAGUGAUAAUAUUAUAGCAGUUGGGAUAAUGUCAGUCAAAGUGUAGUUAAUUCUACUAAUAUAUGUAUUUUGUUAAGACUACUCUAAAUCAAACAUGAAGUCUGAUUCAAGUAAAGUGUCAACCUUUACGUGUAGGAAUUGUCAUGCAUCAGAAAGUUGAAUAAAUAAAUUCUACUAAA